UGGAGCGUGGCGGCGUGCUGGUCUCUGACAGGAAGAGGGCAGAGUUCAGUAGUAAGGACAUGGUACAGGAUCUCAACAGGCUGCUUCGAGCCAAGAGAGGAGAGACCACUGCCAGCAGCACGCUGCCUGAGCUGGAGAAACAGGUGGCGAUGUCCUGCUUGGCUGCAGUAGUGCGUUUCCUGGAACUGCUCUCCGAUGAGUCCAACUUCAACUCCUUCAGUCUGACCACUCUGGACCUGGGUCAGUACAUGAGGCUGGACAAUGCUGCAGUGAAGGCUCUCAACCUCUUCCAGGCUUCACCCGACGACACCAGCAGAAGUCAUUCGCUGGCCGGUCUCUUGAACAAGUGCCGCACACCGCAGGGUCAGCGGCUCGUCAACCAGUGGAUCAAACAACCUCUUAUGGACAGAACCAAAAUAGAGGAGAGGUAAAUGACAUGUCCACAGCCAAUCAGGGUGUGGUUUAGAAGAACAAAAUAAAGCAGAUGGAAGUCAAACUCUUUCUUUUCCUCCGUUCAUUCUCCCAUUC